GAAUUCUGGGACCACACAAAACAUUUAUGGAUAGAUGCUGGAGUUCAAGGCUGCUACGACAGGUCGCACGAAUAUCAACUUAUAGAUAGCGCACAAUAUUUUUUAGAUAGAGUUGAUACAAUAAGAAGACCAGACUAUGCUCCCGACCUACAGGACAUUCUCCGGUGUCGUGUCUUGACGUCUGGAAUCUUUGAAACAAAAUUCCAAGUGGACAAAGUCAACUUUCACAUGUUCGAUGUAGGAGGACAGAGAGACGAAAGGAGAAAAUGGAUCCAAUGUUUCAAUGAUGUGACGGCCAUCAUCUUUGUAGUAGCCUGCAGUAGUUACAACCUGGUGUUGAGAGAAGACCCAAACCAGAACAGACUGAGGGAGUCACUAGAACUGUUCAGGAGCAUCUGGAAUAACAGGUGGUUGCGGACAAUUUCAGUGAUCCUCUUCCUCAACAAACAGGACUUACUGGCUGAGAAGGUCCAAGCAGGAAGGUCUAAGAUCGAGGACUACUUUAGCGAGUAUGCAAUGUACACAAUCCCACCCGAUGCCGCUACAGACACUGGUGAACCAGAGGAUGUCUUGCGAGCCAAGUACUUCAUCAGAGAUGAAUUCCUGCGAAUCAGCACGGCGAGCGGCGACGGCCGACAUUACUGCUACCCCCACUUCACCUGUGCCGUGGAUACAGAGAACAUCCGACGAGUCUUUGACGAUUGUCGGGACAUCAUCCAAAGGAUGCAUCUUCGGCAAUAUGAGUUGCUGUGACCUUUGACCCUUGGGUCACCCGCCAAGGUCGUGGGAGACUGUCCUUUUGCAAUCACAGCAGCACUAGUUGUUAUUGUCGUCGCCAUCGUCUUAACAAAGAUAACGGGGAAAAGGGACAGCAUUUCAGAGAAAUAAUUAGAAUUACCAAGAGUUAUGGG